AACAGCAAUCUUUUAAAGGAAAAAAGAAAAAAGGCAAUUAGUCCUCACAAGAUUUUACUUAUACUCACUCCUAAAACCCUAAACUUGUCAAAAUGGUCGACAUCAGCCCUGCUUUCACCAAGGCCCAGGAGGACUCCAGGAAGCUCACCUCCAAGCCCACCAACGAUGAACUUCUCGAACUCUACGCUCUCUUCAAGGUCGGCAACGACGAAGACUUCAGCAAGGCCGAGAAGCCUGGCAUGUUUGACCUAAAGAACAAGUACAAGUACCAGGCGUGGCAGAAGGUCGUCGACGAGGGCGUCAGCGCCACGGACGCCCAGGAGCGGUACGUCAAGCUGGUCGAGACGCUGAAGGAGAAGUACGGCUACGACGAGAACAAGGAGCCCGAGGCCGUCAAGAGCUCUUAAAUCUUUUCGAGUCCUAUCGUCGUCCCCAUAUCCGUCUGCCACGUUCUCUUUGCAUUACAAUACCUAGCCGAUUACCUAGCGCUCUUAUGGUUCGUAGCGAUGUUUAUGCGACAGUGCGCUCUUUCCUCCCCGGUCUCGAAAGGGAGGGGAGGGGAAGGGAAGCAACCUGGGAAAUUCUUUGCGGUUCGA